AUGUCCUCUCAAGUUCUGCAGGCCGCCGUGACCUGUGUUGUGUGCUGGGUGCUAUGGAAGUACUUCCGCCAGUUCUUCGUUAGAUCGCCUCUCGACAAUAUUCCAGGCCCUCCUUCGGGAUCUUGGCCUUACGGAAACCUGAAGCAGAUCCUCAACAAGAACGGCUGGGAUUUCAUCCAACAUCUUACGGAUAGCUAUCCCGGCAUCGUGAAGCUCCAUGGACCGUUCGGGGUAUUACUGUCGGCCGUCCAUCAAUUGCUGAUUGCGGUCCUAUACUGGCAUCGGAUGCUCUACGUUUUUGACCCCAUCGCCUUGCACCACAUCGUGGUAAAGGACCAGAACAUCCACGAAGAGGGCGCAUGGUACAUCAAGUUCAACCGUCUGCGAUUCGGGCCGGGACUUCUGGCCACUUUGGGUGAUCACCACCGCAAGCAACGCAAGAUGCUCAAUCCGGUCUUCUCCCCCAACCACAUGCGGCGCAUCAUCCCAAUAUUCGACGCAGUAUGCCGCAAGCUGCAGAAGGCCAUCGGGGACCGCAUCGGCGGACACGACGAGCCAGUCGAAGUUGACAUGCUGACCUGGAUGAGCCGCACCGCGCUCGAGCUGAUAGGUCAGGCCGGCCUCGGCUACUCGUUCGAUCCCCUCGUCUCCGACUCCUCGGACGAGUUCGCGGCCGUCAUCAAGUCCUUCGGGCCCGCUCUGGUCAAGAUGAACCACCUCCGCCGCAUCCUGCCGUACCUCCCCGAGUUCGGCACCGCCGCCUUCCGCGCGAAGCUCGUCGAGCUGUUCCCGCACGACGGGGUGCACGAGGUGAAGCGGUUCAUAGAUACCAUGCACCGUCGGUCCGUCGAGAUUUAUAGGGGCAAGCUCCGCGCUCUGGAGCUCGGUGACGAAGCGGUCGCAAGGCAGGUCGGGGAGGGGCGUGAUAUCAUGAGUAUCCUGAUUAGAGCAAACAUCGCGGUAGCGGAUGAGGACAAGCUUCCCGAAGAAGAAGUCAUCGCACAAAUUUCCACGUUCAUCUUCGCAGGAAUGGACACGACAUCCAACGCGCUCGCCAUGACGCUCAUGCUCCUCGGAGACCAUCUCUCCGUCCAGCAGAAGCUGCGCGACGAGAUCCUGAGCACGUUCGACGACCAGGACCAUUUCGACUACGACAAGCUCGUCUCCCUGCCGUACCUCGAUGCGGUCUGCAGGGAGACUCUGCGACUCUAUUCCCCCGUCACCCAGAUCUUCCGCGAGUCCCGGCGUGACGUCGUACUGCCCCUCUCGGAGCCGAUCAGAGGCGUGGACGGCAAGAUGAUACAGGAGAUUCUGGUCCCGAAGGACACGACGAUCGCCGUCGGGAUCCUCUCUGCCAACCGUAACAAGGCGAUCUGGGGCGCGGACGCGAUGGAGUGGAAGCCUGAGCGUUGGCUGUCCCCUCUCCCAGAGUCCGUCGCCCAGGCGAAGAUCCCAGGCGUGUAUGCGAACUUGAUGACGUUCUCGGGCGGAUCGCGCGCAUGCAUAGGCUUCAAGUUCUCGCAGCUCGAGAUGAAAGUCGUCCUGUGCCUUCUCCUGGCGAAGUUCACCUUCGCGCCCUCUGGGAAGGAGAUCAAGUGGAACUUGUCGAACAUCAGGUUUCCGACUGUCGGUGACGACCCCAAGCCGUCGAUGCCGAUGAAGGUCGGCUUGUACCAGAAGGCGGCGGCUGAGUGA